AAUAUAAUUCAUAUCAAGGUGUUGCCGCAGCUAGGCCUAUGUUGAUUAGCUGCGUAGAUAAGGCAAAUACAUAUAAGCUAACGUGACCAUGGGCCGGGUAGUAGCCUAAUUAACUAAGUAUUUAGCUACGUACACAUAUGUUUUAUUUCAGUUAUUAAAAGCGUUAUAUGUUUAAGUGAUAACCCUCUGUAUGAUGUGACAUGAUGAUGCCACUAUAUGACAUGAUGAUGCCACUAUAUGACAUGAUGAUACCACUGUAUGACAUGAUGAUGUGAUGUAUUCAAUUUUUAAUUGAAAAUGCUGGCGCUGUGGUUGUACGGGGCUAUGUGAAAAUUGACUUUUGCGGGACCAUUGAAGUUACCCCGUUGGGUAAGCAGGCUGGGGUUUUCAUUGUAGUAUUUGUAGCUACUGCAAUAAAAGUACAUUUUAUAGAUAGUCCAAUUUGAGUAAGCCUGCAGACAUUAAGGAUAUGAUAUUAAGACACACAGUGGCAUAGGAAAAAAGGGGGGGGGUCAUUCCCUCUUUUCUAUCUUAUAUUGAAGGGCAGAAAAAGGCUCAACCCACCCUGGAUGACCCUAACUACACAACUUAAGAUAUGCUAUUGUCAUACUGGGUCUUACUUGUCAUAAUGAUGGGACCCGUCAUACUGGGUCUUACUUGUCAUAAUGAUUGGACCCGUCAUGCUGGGUCUUACUUGUCAUAAUGAUGGGACCCGUCAUACCGGGUCUUACUUGUCAUAAUGAUGGGACCCGUCAUACUGGAUAAUGGGACUUACUUGUCAUAAUGAUGGGACCCGUUAUUCCGGGACUUACUUGUCAUGAGGAUGGGACCCGUCAUACUGGGAAUUACUUGUCAUAAUGAUGGGACCCGUCAUAAUGGAUAAUGGGACUUACUUGUCAUAAUGAUGGGACCCGUCAUUCCGGGACUUACUUGUCAUGAGGAUGGGACCCUUCAUACUUGGACUUACUUGUCAUAAUGAUGGGACCCUUCAUACUGGGACUUACUUUUCAUAAUGAUGGGACCCUUCAUACUGGGACUUACUUGUCAUAAUGAUGGGACCCGCCAUAAUGGGACUUACUUGCCAUAAUGAUGGGACCCGUCAUACUGGGACUUACUUGCCAUAAUGAUGGGACCCUUCAUACUGGGACUUGUCAUAAUGAUGGGUCCCUUCAUACUGAGACUUACUUGUCAUAAUGAUGGGACCUGUCAUACCGGGAAUAUGUUUACUCGCUUAGUUUCAAAAUCUGUAACAUUUGAAUUGUUUGAAGCGAAAUUACGUUAGGCGUGAGGGGCGAAGGUGACUUUUGAUAGGGGGUGGGGUCCCACCUUAGCCAUCCUUUGAGGACUCAUAGAAUUUUGGUCACUACGAAAAAUUUCUUGACGUCAGCAGGAGGAUCCAGACCCCGGUACUCCCCGACCAGACCCGCCCCUGGCUAAGGGACUCGGUUUUCUUACUGUAUUAUUGGUCAAAAAAAGAAUUCCGGCAAUGCACCACUUAGAUCCAUCAUCUCAAUAAUGGGAAGAUAGAAUACUUAUUAAUAGAAAUGGGGAGAAAUGGCGUCCAUUGGUGUAUUUUUACCGUAGUGUAAUACUCGGGCAAAAGAGCGAAAAAAUCAUUAAAAAAUUAAGACGGCCAAAUUUGUAAAAAGAAUUGGUGUCAACAUGAAAGAGGGGGUGUCAUGGAAAUAUGUAGCGUUCUGUUGUAUUAGUUUCCAAUGAUAUAUUCCAAGCUCUAUAUGGUCAGCAAAGAUCUACUUGCUGACAAAGCAGACAAAGCAAAUAUAUACUUGCUGACAAAGCAGACAAAGCAAAGAUCUACUUGCUGACAAAGCAUAGAAAGUAAAUAUUUGCAUAGUCUAAAAACAUUACUCUUUAAAAAUCGAAAUGCAUUUUCAGGCCUGGGAUAUUUGACAAAUAAUUUACAUAAUGAAGUGGUUAUAGGGACCCGAGUCCCUUUAGCCAAAAUCGCUAUUCGCAGCCUUCACAUAAUUAUCAAGUGGGCUGAGUCCUUCAGAAGCGCGUGGGAAUGGUGUGCCUGUAUGUUUAUAUGUGUUUAUUUCGUUGGGGGGGGGGGGGUUUGGGGAAGUUCCCAUUUUUUUUUUUGGGGGGGGUGGUCUUGGGUAAGUUCCAAUUUUUAUUUUCACCUUGACUUUAUCCCUGAUUCUAAUCCAGUCUUCAUUUGACAGAAAGUUUGAUCAGCCAUUUUGAGAUAAAUAUGGACUACAUGCCUAACCCCGGAAGCUCUAAUCAAAAUGCACCCAGUGCUUGGCCGCUACCCAGCAUGUGGACUUUCCUGGAUGUCCAUAGAUACAUAUGUGAUAUAGGAUACUCAAAAUAUGCUAAUUGCUUUAGCAGGAAUGCUAUAAAUGGAGCUCGCUUAGGUGAUCUAAGCGUCUAUGACUUACAAAGGUAAUAUAAAGGUCUCACAAAGGUCAUUCAUAAAGAACAUUCAUGAUUUAAAAUUUGCCUGAAGUGAAUCAAACAUUCAUGAUUUAAAAUUUGCCUGAAGUGAAUCAAACAUUCAUUAGAUUCAUAACAAGGUUUCCAAAAACUGACCUCAUAGGCUCAGCGCACACCGGCCCUCCCCCCCCCCCCAAAUAUGCCAAGUAAAAGAUAAACAUUUGUGUACAAGUAUCAGGGUUAACUGACCUCAUAGGCUCAGUGCACACCGGCCCUAAUUUAAAAAUUGCCUGAAGUGAAUCAAAAAUUCAUUAGAUUCAUAACAAGGUUUCCAAAAACUGACCUCAUAGGCUCAGCGCCCACCGGCCCCCCCCCCCCCCCCAAAUAUGCCAAGUAAAAGAUAAACAUUUGUGUACAAGUAUCAGGGUUAACUGACCUCAUAGGCUCAGUGCACACCGGCCCUCCCCCAAGUAUGCCAAGUAAAAGAUAAACAUUUGUGUACAAGUAUCAGGGAUAACUGACCUCAUAGGCUCAGUGCACACCGGCCCUCCCCUAAAUAUGCCAAGUAAAAGAUAAACAUUUGUGUACAAGUAUCAGGGUUAACUGACCUCAUAGGCUCAGUGCACACCGGCCCUCCCCCAAAUAUGCAAAGUAAAAUAUAAACAUUUGUGUACAAGUAUCAGGGUUUCUUAAUGGCCAUUUAAUGAAUGAAAUUUACACAAGAUAUGUCCUUUUAUUUAAACUACAUUCGCCUUGUCGUAUUGCUUGCCGACUUGCUGACUUGCUGGGUGGUUGGCAUUUUCAGAUCAGAGUCUGAAAUGAUUCUUUCAUGAGCAAUGACCUCUGAAAAUCUCUUCCAGAAGGGGAAAAUGAAAUGUAGUUAAAAGACUUGUUUAGAUGUUCUUAGCCUUCAAUUAUGUUUACUUUUAUGGUAGCCUUCAAUCAUGUUUACUUUUAUGGUAGCCUUCAAUCAUGUUUACUGUUAUGGUAGCCUUCAACCAUAUUUAUUGUUAUAGGUUUGGUGUGAAGAGCAUAGCAGACGCCAUCCGCCUUCAUGCUAUCAUCACUAAAACAUGUAACAUCAAGUUGUACAACUUUGAAGGCAUGGACGAGCCCCCCAAUGUGUCCUAUCGAGGAGCAGGGUAAGGGGAACCACUCUGCUCUCAGUUUACUUUGUUAGUUUCACCCCCUUCCAUAAACUAUGAUCCAUUACUGUCAUUUCUUUGGCUUUGGUGCAACGUCAAAUGUGCCUGGGACUAAACGACCCUGACUAUUCAGCAGGCAACGUCAAAUCUGCCUGGGACUAAACGACCCUGACUGUUCAGCAGGCAACGUCAAAUAUGCCUGGGACUAAACGACCCUGACUAUUCAGCAGGCAACGUCAAAUGUGCCUGGGACUAAACGACUCUGACUAUUCAGCAGGCAACGUCAAAUGUGCCUGGGACUAAACAACCCUGACUAUUCAGCAGGCAACGUCAAAUGUGCCUGGGACUAAACGACUCUGACUAUUCAGCAGGCAACGUCAAAUGUGCCUGGGACUAAACGACUCUGACUAUUCAGCAGGCAACGUCAAAUGUGCCUGGGACUAAACGACUCUGACUAUUCAGCAGGCAACGUCAAAUGUGCCUGGGACUAAACGACUCUGACUAUUCAGCAGGCAACGUCAAAUGUGCCUGGGACUAAACGACUCUGACUAUUCAGCAAGCAACGUCAAAUGUGCCUGGGACUAAACGACCCUGACUAUUCAGCAGGCAACGUCAAAUGUGCCUAGGACUAAACGACUCUGACUAUUCAGCAGGCAACGUCAAAUGUGCCUGGGACUAAACGACUCUGACUAUUCAGCAGGCAACGUCAAAUGUGCCUGGGACUAAACGACACUGACUAUUCAGCAGGCAACGUCAAAUGUGCCUGGGACUAAACGACUCUGACUAUUCAGCAGGCAACGUCAAAUGUGCCUGGGACUAAACGACUCUGACUAUUCAGCAAGCAACGUCAAAUGUGCCUGGGACUAAACGACCCUGACUAUUCAGCAGGCAACGUCAAAUGUGCCUGGGACUAAACGACUCUGACUAUUCAGCAAGCAACGUCAAAUGUGCCUGGGACUAAACGACUCUGACUAUUCAGCAGGCUGGGGUAUACAUUCAUAGAUACUGCAACAAAAUGAUAUUUUAUAUUUAAAUAUGGCCUAUUUGAGUAGGCCUACAUUACCUUCAGUGGUGACCGGGUAAAAGUAUUGAGUAAUAUAAUUUUCAUUUUGAAAAAUGGCGAUUUUGGCUCUUUGAAGAUAGGACCCAGGGACGCAACGGUCAAUGCAUCUGACUCAAUGCCAGAUAUAUGAGACUUGUUGUCUACACUACAGUACAAGCUGAACACUUGAGCGGGUUGAAGAUGUCCUACAAAAUGACCAGUUUGAUACGUUGAGUCAUCCAAGCGGACUAAAGGCAGUAUCUCAAAGUCUGUGGAAUUGUGACUGGGUUUGCUAAGAGUUCAUGAAAUGUAGUUAUAUUAAGAAAUAAAGACGUCCAUAAAGUACAAGGGGCCGUCCAUAAAGUACGUCACGCCCCAGGGGGGGGGUGAAAGAAAGUGUGACCGGGGGAGGGGGGGUCAGGCCAUGUGUGACGUCACACAUUUAUUUUUUUUUUAAUUUUUACUUCUAAUUUAUUUUUUAUUUUUUUAGUGGUAUUUAUUAGCUUUAAAAAAAAAAUUCAAAAAUUGUGUGUAUCAUUUGAAUUAGUUUUAUGUCAACUAGCAUGAAAUGCGUAUCUCCUGAAUGUGUUGUUCACGAUUCCUUUCGCUAGGAGCGCUAGUAUGUUGUUGCGAAGCCUUGUUUCAUGUACAGCCUUGCUUUCGUCAUGCCUGAAGUAGUAUUAUUUCUAUGUUGUCCGCUGCAUAAUUCUGUCACUGUCCUUUUUAUUAUUUAAUCAUUUGGUGAGGUAAAGUUUCUCUAAUAUACUUCUUAACCUGUGUAAAAAGAUUGAUGAAUUCAUAAUCAGAAGAUUAUCUGAAACUUGACCUCACCUAUUGUAAAUGAAAAAGCAGCAGAUAAAUGAUGUGUAUUAUAUAAUUGUAUAGUCUAAUUUUUGCAAUUUUUGUUUUCAAAUUCAAUCUAGAUUGAGUUACUGCUUCAAUGAAUAACCGUGACAACUGUUGACAAUUAACUAUUCUACUAUUAAAGUCAUUUUAAACAUGUGAUAGUGGAAAUUAAUUGGAAAUUUUAUAUUUUAAUACAGUUUAAUAGUGAAGUGUGUUUUAGAUUAAAUUUCAAUUAGGUGUUAAUUUUUUUUUAAAUUUUGUUCGAAAGUGUGACGUACUUUAGGGGGGGGGGGUCAGAGAUUUGUGACAGUUUGUGACAGGGGGGGGGGGGUAAAAUGGUAAAAAAUAGCGUGACGUACUUUAUGGACGGCCCCCAAGGACUACCAUUGGUCACUGUGAACUCUACCCUGGACAGACGCAACAGUCAUUGUAUUGAUUUUUUAAAAGUAUUGCUUUAAUUUUUUUUUUCAAUUUUAAGACACGGGAUGGAAGUAAAUCUAUAUAAUGUGAUUUUUUAAAUAGUUGGAAAUCCUUACAUUAUGUUGUUGUUAUUUUUUAAAAAAUAAAUACAUUUAAAUAAAUGGAAUUCAUUUUUCUACAACAGAAAUUCAAACAUUCUUCCAGUCUUGCCAGUUUGCCACGACAAGCUUAAGCUUCCGACCAUACCCGGCCGCCACUGCAUCAUGAACCCACGUGACAUGUGUCUGCCCUAUCGUGAUGCAGGCGACCGCUGCUAUCGUUACAACCUGCCCGUCCAGUCCUACCAUGACCACUGCAUGGUAAUAGGGAGAACAGACGUGUGGCAGUUGUACAACUCACUGUUUUAAAGUUUUCUUAGCCAACUGUAAUAAUGAUCACAGUAAAUAAGUAAAUACGUGUGAAUAAAAGAAUU